CUUUAAUCAAGUUGGCAGUGUCAAUUACCUUUUGGCGGUUUUGAUCAAUUAGAUCGCGAGCUGGAUUGGAAUUUCGUAUAUUUUACUUCAUAAGUUAUUCAAUUUUGUGCAAAACUUUAUCUUUCUGUUUUAUAGCCAUGCUAAGUAAUGGAUCCUGCAGAAAUAGAGUUUAUGGCAGAGCAAGAAUAUAUUUCCAUCAUACCAAAGUUUAGUGAUAUGCGACGAAUACAUUUAAUCGCUGGAGAUAUAGGACCAUUUCGAGCUGGAAUUCCUGUUUCAUUACCUAUUUGGGUUGCUAUUACUCUACGGAAGAAAGAAAAAUGUACUAUAAUUCCACCAGAAUGGAUGGACGUUGACUUGCUGGAAAAUAAAUUGGAAGAAGAAAAAAACAGUCGGUUUUUUACUAAAAUGCCAAGUGAUCAUUAUAUGAGCAUUGCACAUUUGAUCUUUUCAACUGCUGGACAAGAUAUUGAAAAUGCUGAAAAAAUAAAGACAUUAAUUAAGGAUAUAUGGGAUUUAAGAAUUUCUAAAGCCCGAUCUUCAGCUGAUACAUUUUUAAAGAGUGGAGGACGUCAUGCUGGGAUAGAUUUCUUAACACAGCUGGAAAUUUCAACAUUACGACCACUUUUGCUCGAUGCUUUGGAUACUGUUCAAUGGCUUAGUGCUCCUUCUGGACAAAAUUUAAAUGAUACAAGUACAAUGUUGAGUGAAUCAUUUUCUGGUUCAGCAGGACCAUCUCGUCUCUUCACAAGUUUGCGAAGAUCUCAAUGAAAAGAUUACAUAGUAAUGGGGAUCUAACUUAUGGUUAUGCAUUCUGGAACCUGCCUCUAGAUCUUCAUGCUAUUAAUGUAAUUUACUUAAUUGGAGUAUAUUAUUGUUAAAUCAAACUUCGUAACUUAAUAAUAUUCUGACGUGACUUCAGAAUAUAUAAAUAUUAUAUAUUAACUAUUUCAUAUUGAAAUAUAUUCUAUAUUAAAUUGAAUUAUGCAUUAAGGCACUGUAAUUAAUUAUUAAUAUAUUAACUGAGAUGCAAAUUUCCUCUUUAAAUGAAUUUUUUCCUGCC